ACGACUUCGCGAGGUCAUCAACGAUCCGGCAAUUACGACCAGCCCGGGGCCGAAACUUCGACACAGCACAAAUAACUGCCCAAUCCUGAGACCGUCAAUUGGUAAAAGAGUUUAUCACUUGAGGCCCAUCUGCAACAGUUCAGAACUUGUGGGCGGUCCGUAUCCUUGUCCAAAUGUGAAUGACGUCACAUUGUUGCACAGAAAUUUGCCCUGUCUACAAUUGUGAUGUCCGAUGUCCAAAUCCACUGAUUUCUAGAGUAGUCACUAGAAUGUAGUAAAUAGUAGUUGUUUUUUUAAAUUUUUAUUUUAUUGUUUACAUACAUUGUGAAUAAGUAUACAGCUUAGUUUUUAACAUUAUUUUAACUUGUGAAAGUUGUAAGGGUUCAAUAAUAUUUAGUUAUUCAGGGAGGUUUGUUACUAAUUUUCUAUAACUUCAGGAUCUUGCUCCUUUUUAUUUCCCACCUCAGAAAAAAAAAGAAUGUGGGGGAAGGGGGGGAGGAGGUCAUGUCCUUGCCACAUCCUGAAUAUGCUGGUCUAAGGCUCAUUAGAUUGAUUGUUCAAUUACUUCUACGAAUAAAUUUAAAUAUAUUUGGCAGCCUGGUACAAAGACCUCACAUGACGUAUUAGUAGUCAAAUAUAUACCCUGCAUUCUUUCAUUAAAAUAAUUUGUAAUAAAUUGAUCUAAAACGGAUAACUUAAAACCAAUAAAAAUAAAUUAGCGAGUAUUUGUGGUUUAAAAGUGAUUCAAUACGAGAUGCACAACAAAUAAUUCUUUUUUUUUCUGAUCCAUGCACCAUAAUACUUUUUUUUUGUCCAGAAAUGAGAUUUUUUUGAAUUUAACACAUUCUGGUCCAUGCUCGAGCUCAGCUCGAGCAUAGUAUUUUAAUACAAUGAACGGCGCUCAAGCCUCACUCGAGCGCACGUUUUCAUGGACUAACAUGUGCUUGCUCGAGCGAUAAACGGGCUUGGAUUGCCGGGCGUUCUUUCCACAGUCGUCGUAGUACUAUCGGUUGCCGCUAGAUGGCAUCUGCUGUACUGUUUUACGUUUGAAGCUGCUUCGGGCGUGUUUCAUCGUGCCAGGGGAAUUACCGCGGUUUUGUUGCAGUAGAAAUGGCAAAGAGAUCGCGCGAGAGUGACGAAUUUUUCGAACAUGAAGAAUUUUAUGCUUCUUCUGGUUCAGAAGCUGAUAACUGCAGUUCUGAUUCUUUGUAUGAACCAUUGUCUGAAUAUUCUGACACAUCAGGUUUGUAUGCAAUUAUUCAAAACCUGCCGAAUGAGCUUGAAACUUGUUUUACCUAUGUAUAAAAAUUAUUAUUUUUGUACAUAUCUUACCCAGGAUGUUUUUUUAUAACAGAUGAAGAUUUCGCAAAAAUAAGGAAACAGAAGAGCAGUUUUACACAGAAAACGGGACUUUCACAAGCUCGUCCAUCACAGACACCUGGUACAGGUACUGAUAGUGAUGAAGACGAUGUUCCGCUAGUCCUUAUUGCGCAGCUGAGCAAUGCGAAUAGACAAGACCACUCGGAUAAACCUAGCACAAGUAACGUUUCUGGUAAGUUACCCAGCUUUCAUAAAUAUUACAUUUUUGUGCCUCUGAAUUUCUUUAUAAGCUGGUAAUCGUUUUUUUUUCACAUUUACGUAAAAGUAAAAAAAUUACGCAAACAAUGUAAAAAACAUAUGAUUUUCGUUUCAGAUUCCAAUACAAGAACACGAUUACUAGCAAAUGAAAAACCUGGAGUCAAUCGCUGGGUAUCAAUGGACAACCAACCACAGCUGCCUGUUUUUGAGGAAGCAUCUGGCAUUCUUAUCGACAUUGAUGAAACUUCCGAUGAACUUACCUGUUUCUCUAAAUUUUUUGGCACAGACGUCAUAAAAAAUAUAAAGACUGAAACAAAUCGAUAUGCAGGUACCAUGAUUGACAAAAUGAAACGGGCAAAAAAAUUGAAACCAAAUUCAAUGUGGCAGCGUUGGACUACGGUCAAGCUUCAAGAAAUAUAUUACUUCUUUGCAGUGAUCAUUCACAUGUGCUUGGUCAGGAAACCCAAGAUAACAGAUUAUUGGUCAAAUGACAACAUAAUGCACACUCCAUUUCCUGGGCGUCUCCUUAGCAGAGACAGAUUCCGGUCAAUAUUAUUCAUGUUACACAUAAAUGACAAUGCUACUUACGUACCAAGAGGACAAGAAAAUCACAACCCUCUACAUAAAGUCAGGCCGUUUUUCAAUCAUUUUGUCCGUCAAUGUAAGGCCUGUCUUUAUCCAUCAGAAAACCUGACAAUUGAUGAAGGAAUGUGUCCUUUUCGAGGACGUUUACACUUCCGCGUUUAUAUAAAAAAUAAACCUCAUAAGUAUGGUAUAAAGUUAUAUAUUCUUUGUGACACCAAUACAGGAUAUGUCCUAAACUGUGAGGUUUAUACUGGUGGUGCUGGAAGUGUGGAAAACUCUAUUGAGAGUCUUGUCCGGAGAUUGUGUCAUGAUUAUUUUCAUAAGGCGCACACAAUUUACAUGGACAGAUUUUAUUCAAGUCCUACAUUAUUCUAUAAGUUAUGGGAUGAAAAAAACCCUGGCUGUGGGUACGGUACAAAAAAACCGCAAAGGCUUGCCACCUGAACUGAAAUGCAAAGAACUUGCAAGAGGUGAAGCAAUUUUUCGCAGGUGCGGUCCUUUGUUGGCUGUAAAGUGGAAGGACACACGUGAUGUGUACUGCCUCUCCACAAAGCACAAAGCCACAUGCAGUGAAGUCACUGUAAGAGGUAGAGGUGGCUUAGUUGCUAAAACCAAACCCGAUGUUGUACUUGACUACAAUAUAAACAAAACUGGUGUUGAUCAUGUUGAUCAAUUACUCAGUUACUACCCCUUUCAAAGAAAAUCAAUGAAAUGGUGGAAAAAAAAUUUUUUCCACCUUUUUUUGAUGUCAAUCAUAAAUUCAUUCAUUUUGUUCAAAAAAUCCAGGGCUGAUGGCAACAAAACAAGUUUGGAAAACUUCAUGAGAGCUCUCGGGAACCAGCUGGCUUCAUAUGGUGCUACCGAUACAGACGUUCAAUCAUCAUCAUCCUCAUCCACAGAUCGAUUGUCUGCUCGACAUUUUCCGAAGAAAAUUCCACCAACCGAAAAAAACUCAAUCCUACCAGAUCUGUAAAGUAUGUUCCGAUGUAGGCAAAGCCAACAGUGGAAAACGGCUGAGGAAGGAAACUCGUUGGUGGUGCGAGAACUGUGGCUUUGCUCUGUGCGUGCCAGGGUGCUUCCAAAAGUUCCAUACUAAAUCAAAAUUUUCAUAAACAUAACCAAAUAAAAAUUAUUUACGUAUUCAUAUAUUGGUAUUAAUUUGGAAAUGUGAAAUAAAUGUUAACUUAACUGGAUUUAAAUAAAAAUCAUAGCAAUGAAUAGUAUGAAGUGUGUAUGAGAAAUUUUUUUAUUUAUGUAAAACAUAGUUUAUUAUAAAAAAUAAAUUAUCAGUAACUAAAAGAUAUAAAAUCAUGUUUUAAAUUGUAUUAAAAAUUGUAAAAUCAAGUUUUUUAUCAUGUAAAAAGUAUUUUAAGUACCAUAUAUGUUAUUUAAAUUUAAAAAAAAUGGAAAACCAUAAAAACCCCUAGUAUUCAGUGAUUUAAACCAGUCAUAAGCAACAGACUCGAAUGUGUUAAAAACUAUAAAAUAAACUUUUUUUUUAUGAUUUGAACUAAGUUUUGGUUAAAAUGCUACUUAAUUCCACGAUACAACUUAGAUUUCUGUGUUAUGCUGUGUUUUGUAAUGCUUUUAUGUGAUAUUUCGGUUGUAUCACAAUUAAUCCACCCCGUAUAAUCUUGUCCCUAAGCAUUGGUUUAUUUCAUUUUCUUAUCGUCACUAUUCUUUUAAGGGCUGUUCCUGUAAACUUAUGACAACAGCUCUUUUGAAUUUUAUUAUUCAACACACCAGUGGCGUAGCCAGGAUUUGUGUAUGGGGGGUGUUAAGAAGCAUGCCGUGCCCCCCUUUCCCCCACCCCCCGUAUUAAAGCGGGGGUUUAGGGGUCCUCCCCCGGGAAAAUUUGGAUUUUAAGGUGUAAAAUAGUGCUAUUUUAGCAGUUUUCGGUGCUUAAAUUUAAAUAUUGUAAUGGUAAUAAUUUUAAAAUGAAAUUUGUCUGAGUGAUGAAUAAGAAAUUAAUUAAAGAUUUGGUGCUAAGGGGAAGGGGGGGGAGGGUUUGAUCCCCUAAACACCCCCCCCCCCCCCCCCCUGGCUACGCCCCUGCAACACACACAUACCUUCGUGACCAAACGACGAAGUGCAAGGGAGCUAGAGUGGCGGUGUUGAGGACGGAGCCUCGGGAGGUUCCACCCCGCAGCUGUCUCUCGC